AUGGAGGCAUCGUCAGCUGCCGAUGACGGCAAGGAGGCCAAACGCGCUGAGAGGAAGCGCAAGAUGGAUCAGCUGGCUGCCAAGAUGCGGGCGAAACAAGGGAAGGCGGAGGAUGACGAUGAUAGCGGCGGGGAGCAAGGCGAAGGCGAUGAGGAUGACGACGGUAGCUAUGAGGAGAGGCCCAGGCGCAGACCACACAGAACUGCCACCGACGCGCCCAGAAAGAUGGGCACAGCACAGGUAUGAGCGGCACGACAUCGAUUCAUUAAUUGUCCUUUGUUUUCUUUGUAUCACUGCAUCAGUUUCUAUCGCACGGCAACGACCUGAGGCGCAAACGCAACGAGGAGGAGGACUGCUAUGGCGAUGAUGACGAUGACUUCAUCGAUGGUACGCACAGUGAAUGGACGCCAUUGCAUAUGCACUCAUGGACGCUGUGGUUGGUUCAGAUGACGAUGAUGCCAUCGAGUACCACGAUAGCGAAGAGAAGAAGAAGCGCAAGAAGCGUGGCGGCAAGGCGAGGGAGAAGCGCCGCGCCGCCACGACCAACAGGGGCGGCCGGCUCAAGCAGAAGAAGCGGCGUCGGAAGGACAGCGACAGUGAGGACUCGUCGUCAGGGGAUAGCAGCGAUGAGAGCGGGGAGAGCGGGGGCGAGGAGGGCGAGGAGGGCGAGGAGGAGGGAGAGAAUGAUGAUGACGAUGUGGAUGAGAGGGCCAUGUACAUGCGGUCGCUGCAUGAGGAGCCCGACAGGCGCAGGGGGGGAUGUGAUGAAGACAUCGACCCCAGAAAGGCGUUCAAGAGGUACACCCACUGGCUUCCAUCCACAUAUGUGAUUGAUGGGCCUGUCUGUCCGCUGUGUGGUGUGUGUAAGGUACGUGGAGUAUCUGUGUCUGCUCACGCUGUCGCCCACAUUCGACUACGACGCAUAUGAGAAGCAGCUGCAGCAGGAGGAAGACGACGAUGUCGAUGGUCAGCCGCUUAUGCUCACAUAUGACUUAUGCAUAGUGUGUGUUGGCCAUGUGUGGGUUGGCGCAGAUGAGAAUGAUGCACCCAAGGGUCGGGCGUACUACACAGUAGCAGAGCAGCGCGUCGAGGACAAGCUGCGCACCCUGCAGCACUCGCAGCUGGAAUCACGCUUCACCAAGGACGUCACGGACCGGCUGUGUCGCCGACCGCAAUUCUUCUACUACCAAUUGGGCCGCGCACAGAUUGACCGCCUGUAAACAAACACGGCUCAAGAGAGGCAGGCCUGGGUAACACUGCAUUCAUUCACGAGAGCGUGGCCGCCCCUUGUGUGUUGUGUGUGUGUGUGCAGGAGGGAGAUGCGUGAGAAGUGCGUUGCCUGCCACCGUAGCCGGCCGCCUCCCAGCCGCAGCAUCCUCAUGAACGGCACCCAAUACGACUCUGGUGGGGCAACUGACUGAAGCCAAUAAAGCUCCAUACAUGGAUACACACACUCUGCUUUUCUGGCAUGUGCGUGGUGCGUGUGUGCAGAGGCGCUGUGGGAGGGCGACAUUCGUCCGUUCAUGGGCAGGCAGAGCAGAAUGAGAACAAGACCACUGAUGCAUCCAACAGCUUCCAUUGCACCUUUGGUAUUUAUUGCUGCAGAGGCUUUCCAGCUGCCGUGGCUGGGGCAGGCAGCAUUCCCUGACGACCAAGGUAAGGCGUCCAUCAGCCAUCCAUCCAUCCAUCCAUUCCUCAUUCCAUCCGUCAGACCCCUUCAAGUCCGACGAUGGUGAGGGCGAUGCCAUGGACGGUGCUGGUGACCCUGCGACCAUUGCAUACCCCUUCUACACCCAGGGCGCACGCUACUCAAACCCAUACGACAUGCAGAGUGAGUGGGCUGCGUGUGGUGUGCAUCCAUCGACCUUCCCACCCAUCCGUCCGUCGUGUGGCUGUAUGCCUCUGCAGACGAGUACACGCAUGUGGCUCACCCAGAGGACAACGCAGAAGAUCGGAUGCUCGUCGGUGAGUGAGCCAAACACCAAUCCACCGACCCACAUGCAGCCGCUGUGUCUGCGUGUCAUUUCGUUCAGGGUCGACGUGUGGCGACCGCAUGAGACGGUGGCACUACCUGCAGCACUACAAGGCCAAGCUGCUGUGGAAGAUACACACCGAGCUGGAGAGCAUGUCGUCAGAAAUGCGCAAGAAACCUCUUAGCGCGGCCAAGACCGUCCGCACGGUAGGCAGCUGAAUGGAUGGAUGGGCGGCACACGGAAGAAGACACACCACCCCGCACAUGAUAUGUGUCUGUGUCUGUGUGUGUGUGUGUGGUGGGUGUAGUCGCAUGGCGAGGAUUGGUGGAAGGAGUACGAGGCGUACUGUUCAUUUGGGGCGGAGCAUGGCGAGAAGGGGCAGCUUGCCACCGACACAUGGAUGGACGCAUGAUCCAGUUCUGUAGCUGACGGGGCAGGCGUAGCAUUCAUGCAUUCAUGGGACAGGCAUGUGCGAUGCAUGCUUCAUGCCAUCCAUCCCGGCAGUGUCUGUCAAUAUGUAUAGUUGGUUCACGCAUAUAUCGAUCACACACCUCCAGCUGUACAGACAGAGUAAGCUAACGGCAAUCAAUCGAAAACUAUG